AUGGCUUCCAAGGCAACUGGGGACAAACACAGAGAAUGGCAAGAAUCUGCGCAGCGCUUGUCUCGAACAUCGUCCCCUCAACAGCCCAGGGACCUUCAAUCUACAGUUGAGAAAUAUUCUGAGGUAUCUCUCCGGCACACCAAAGAGGAUGAUGAGAAAGCUCCUGGAAAGGAUGGCCAGCAAUCUCUUACAGAUAGCGAGGAGCCUCAAGAAAAUCUUCCUCUUGAAUUUUCACAUGGCACGACACGCAGAAGACAGAUUCUCUCGGAUUCUGAGUCUAGUUCCACUCCCGACGAAGACGCAGAUUCGGCAGCCCCUACAGCCAUGACUCCGGCAGAUCCGACUGCAGAUCCGACUGCAGCCACGACUGUUCCUUCUCAAGGUACAGUUGCUCAAAUCAUCUUCGGCACUGCUGCACCUACAACUCCAAUUGUAUCGAACAAGGCAAUCAAUCGUCGAACCGCUAAUGACUAUGCUGGUACGAGAAGCGGUAUGGUGUUCUCAUGUCUAAUCACUGGAUGCGAGCAACCAAUUAACGAAGCAUGGACAAUUAAGAAGUUCUCUCGCAUCGGCUCUCCUUAUGUCUAUGAUCCACGCAAUGUUGAAUUCCCCACUAAGGAGCUUUUUUAG